GCUCGCUUUUCCCUACCACUCCUGCUAUCCACCACGAGUACAGAAGUUUGGCAGUAUCAUUGACAUCCCGGAAAAAGAAAUUCACCAUGGUCAAGACACUUCCCUUUGGCGAAAUCCAAGUCCCCUCGCCGGGCUUCGGCGCAAUGGGUCUGAGCUUUGGCUUGGGCAGUAACCUGAGUUUGGAGGAAGCUGAGCCGGUUCUGUUGAAGGCGAUUGAGCUGGGAUGCACUUUCUGGGACACUGCUGUGGUCUACCAAGCCGGUGUGAACGAAAAGCUGCUAGGUGACUUUAUCAGGAAGCACAAUGUCCGCGAUAAGAUUUUCAUUGCCUCGAAGUGUGGUUUCGAUGUCUUUGUUGAUCGCUCCGUCACCAAUUCUGCCUCCCAUAUCAAGGAGUACAUCGAAGGAACCAUUGAAAGACUAGGCUUCACACCUGAUCUGUACUAUCUGCACCGGAUCGAUCCCAAUACGCCUCUUGAAGAGUCCAUCCCCGCUCUUAAUGAAAUUCGCAAGGCUGGAAAGACCAAGUACAUUGGCCUCUCAGAAUGCUCCGCAAAGACGCUUCGCAGAGCUAAUUCAAUUGCCAAGAUUGACGCCAUCCAGGCAGAGUACUCGGCCUUUGAGACAUUGCAUGAGACAGAUGACCUGAUCAACUCCUGCAAAGAGUUGGGAGUCGCAUAUGUUGCUUAUAGCCCUCUGGGGCAUGGCUGGCUUGUCGAUAACUUUGAUUACCAAUCUCCUGACGACUUUGCGCCGGAUGAUUUCCGGCGGAGUAUCCCAAAAUUCCAGGGUGAGAACUUCUACAAGAACAAGGCGAUUGUUGAAGAGAUCAAGAAACUUGCUUCUCGGAAAGGCUGCACUGUCAGUCAAAUUGCGCUUGCUUGGGUUGCUUCUCAGGGAAUGAUUGCUAUUCCGGGUACAACCAAAGCCACCCGUCUUGAGGAGAACUGGGCAUCUCGGGAUGUUGAGCUAAGUGAAGCGGGGAAGCAGGAAAUGCGCAGGAUUGUUGAUGCUGCUAAGCCACAUGGCAACAGAUAUGCUCCUGCACAGCAAGCUAUGGUGGGUCAUUAAGUAGAGUCGCUUAGAGACUUUCUGGAACACAUACAGACCAGUAGGAUGUUGUUUACCCCUUAUUUAAAUUAAGUGUAUAGUGAUCAGGAUUACAACAGACUCUAGAUUGAUAUUUUUGGUAGCAAAAUGUAACCAUAGAGAGUAGUAGUGUUUACGUUUGACUACAAGCCAAAUGGAC